CGCUCUUAUCCGCUUCCUUCUCCCACCCCUUCCCGCUUCUCUCCUUUCCGGCACCCUCACCGCGCCCCCGCUCGUCCACGCGUUCACUUUCACCGCCCGCGGGAACGAGGGAGCUAGCUGAUGAGCUAGGCAUGCACCGCUCGGCCCUGCCCCCCACGACGCGCAUUUGUUGAGGCUGCCCACUAGGAGCCACCGAUGGCGUGCCUCGCUCAGCCGCAGUUCAAGUGGCCCCCUUCCACCCGUUCGGCGGUGCUCAGGGAGCCCGCCACCGCCGGUUCCCGCCCUAGCCGGGUCCACUGCGCUGUGUCUUCCACCGCAGUCGUUGAUGCAGAGCACGUCGAUGCCUUAUCCAUCGGCCCGUCUCCUCCUCCUCACCGAACCCUUCCGGGAAAUUUUGGGGAGGCGCUUCUCAACAGAGAGGCCGUGGUGGCGGCCGCGGCCGCGGAGGCCGUCGCUCUGGCGAGAGCGGCGGCCGAAGUCGCCGGAGAAGUUGCCCGGAUGGCGCAAACGGACCACUGGCCAGACAUCCCCCGGCGUGACACGGAGGACAGCUUCUUGGCAAGAGGAGUCCUCCGCACCAAGGUGGGGUGGGAGGUCAGGCACGUCGGCGUAGAACUGGACGAAGAGUUCAGCAGCAUCUUCAGCGAUGAAUACGGGGAUGACGACGAGGAGCAGUGCAUUGAGGGCGUGGUGGCGGUCAAAUCGGCGCGUGGGUCCGAGAGAAGAGCUCGGAGAGUGAGGGCGGCGAUGAAGGCAGCUAAGUCUUUCAGCAUCCGGAAGCCCGUCGCGUCCUCCUCGAAGAAGAAGAGGUUGAAGGGUUGCCUGAAUCCUUUGGGGUGCUUCUAUAAGAUGGCCGGCCGGAGGCUUCUGACGGCGAAGCAAGAAGUAGAGUUCUCAGAAGGCAUUCAGGAUCUCCUGAAGCUGGAAAAUAUCCAAAAGGAGCUUGCACACUAUAACGGUGGUGAACCAACAUUCUACCAGUGGGCGGCAGCAGCUGGAACCGAUGAGGACACUUUGCGGAAACGGCUGAACUACGGAGUUUACUGCAAGAACAAUAUGGUAAAAUCUAACGUGCGACUUGUAAUCUCAAUCGCAAGAGAGUUUGAAGGCCCCGGAAUGGAGUUUUCUGAUCUUAUUCAGGAAGGAAUGCAAGGUCUGAUAAGAGGCGCUGAGAAGUUUGAUGCUUCAAAGGGUUUUAGAUUCUCUACGUAUUCUCACUGGUGGAUCAAACAAGCAAUACGCAAGUCUGUUUUAGAACAAACCCAGAUAAUUCGCUUGCCGGCACACAUGGCUGAAGCAAGCUCCCGAGUGAAGGAAUGCCGCCGCCGACUGCGCUGUCAGCUGAAAAGGCUACCCACCAACGAAGAAAUCGCACUGGACACCGGCAUGCCAAUCCGGCGAGUCGAGGCGGCAAUGAGCCUCCCAAGGUACACCGUCUCCCUCACCAGCAAGGUCGGGUGCACCGACGUGACAUACCAGGAGAUCACGCCGGACACCAGCGCGGAGACGGCGGAGGAGGUGCUGCACCGGUGGUUCAUGAAGAAGGACGUGGACAGGGCGCUGGACAGCCUGAGCCCGCGCGAGAAGCAGGUGAUCCGGUACAGGUUCGGGAUGGAGGGCGGCCGGCCGAGGACCCUGCACGACAUCGGGCAGCUGAUGGGGGUGAGUCGGGAGCGGAUCCGGCAGAUCGAGAUGGGCGCGUUCCGGAAGCUGAGGAGCAAGAAUAGGGUGCAGUCGCUGCAGCACUACCUGCAGCCGGCGGAGAGCUGGUAGCCGUGCAUAAGGGCUGCUACGGCCUACGGCUUGCACAAUUGCACACGACCUUUCUUGACGACUACAUAUAUGGACCCGUCUUUUCUGAAGGAUUAACCUAUAUGUUCGAAUCGA